GGCCAAUGAGGAGUGUGCGGGGGAAGGGCGCCCCCUCUGGGUCAGGGGAUGCCCCGGCAGGAGCCGCCUGUCUAUAUAACAGCGAGGACUCUGCUCUGACUGACGCACUCUGAACACUGCUCUGCGCCCGAGUCUGAACACUGCUCUGCCUCCAAGCUGAUAACAAUGGCUCUCCAAAGUGUGAUGGUCACUCUGAUGAAAACUUUUGAUAGUUAUGCAAAGGGCGAUGGAGACAGCGGCACCCUGAGCAAGAGCGAGCUCAUCAGCCUGGUCCAAAAAGAGUUCCCAGCUCUGUGUGAAAGUCAAAAUAAGGAUGAAAUUCUCAAAGGAAUUUUUGGACAGAUGGACAUGGACGGUGACAACAAAGUCAAUUUCAAGGAAUUCAUCAUCUUUCUGGCCUGUCUGACCAUCUCCUUAAAGGAAAGCCUCUAAAUGCGGAGGGCAACGAGCGGAGAUGUGUUCUAUCAUUGUAAUAUCUGUCAAUAAAAUGUUCAGACUCGUUA